AUAUGUCCAAUUUUACUUAGUUCGAUGCAACCGUUGCCCGUGCAGGGUGCAUUUUGCAACUAUCAUUUAAAAGAUUGCAUACUGAUGAUUCGAAAUCCAACAACCGGUGACAAAGAAUUUUAAAUACCUGUUGCUGUGGUGUGCGCUGAAUUUCGAACUUUUUGAAUUGACUACGUUAAGAUGUCAAAGGUUAUACUAAGAAGUAUAGUAGUGAACCGGAAGGUCCACAUACGAAUCAAACGAAGGUGGAACUACGUCACUUUAUCUCUUUUUGCCCUAAGCUUUAUAGUAUACUUUAAGUACACUUUAGGCACCACAUUUUCACUCACAAAGUGGAAAGAUGAUAUAAGCUGUUACUAUGAUACCAAUGAUAAUAAUUUAUCAAGUAUCACAGCGUUUAAUCCGACCGGUCGAUCGAUAUUCUUCAAUGAUCCCUCGUGCAACGUUCGCGUUUUUCAUCCAAAGGAUGCGUGCUCUAUUGAAUCCGCUGCGAGAGCGCACCGGGAUUGGCCGAUCUAUGUUCUUUUCAACAGUCCCGUUUCAAAUGAAGAAUUAAAAAGGAAUGACGUAUUAAAAGUCCUCAUGAAGCUUCCAAAUAUACACUUCGCUCGAGUUAACAUUGAGGAAUUUUCUAUGGGUACACCUGCAGAAGGAUUCGUAUCGAGUGGAGCUUUAAACGAUACCGAUUGCGCUAUAGCCCUCACGGAAGUUCUGGUGAAAUAUAUAACGCUGUACAAAUGGGGAGGCAUUUUCAUGGAAAAAGACUUUAUAGUGACGAAGUCGUUGAGCUCAUUACCUCGGAAUUGGGUUCCGAAGUCUGAUGAUCAAUCCAUAGCUUCUGGUAUACUUGCAAUCUCUAAAGAAAGGCGAUCUAUUGCUGAAGCCGCGUUAAGAUUACUUAUAAAACAUCACAAAAAUUUUGACUGCACGAAUGGAGAAAAUGUAAUGGCCAAGAUUGUAGAGCAAGAAUGUUCCACGCCUAAUCCUAUCAGCAAUGCUGCAAUCUCUUGCAAUGGAUUUGAAAUCUACGGCCCGCAGUUCUUCUAUCCAAUAGAAAGCCAACGUGUAAUGGACUUUUCCCAGCUUGGCGAAUUGCCGGGAUACGAGACAGCAUACACAUACUAUCUCUGGACCAAGAUGGGAAUCGGCACAGGAAGAAAAAAACGAAUCGGAUCCCGUUACAGCAAGCUUACUAGGAAACACUGUCCCGCUAUUUAUUAUGCGUUUGCUUAUAAAUUUUAAGUAUUGCAAUCAAUUUUACAGAUACAUUGGAAAAUGUUUCAGAUAAGUUCGUGGCCUCUAUAGAUGGGACUUAGUUCGACCAAGCUUUAAUUUAAGUCUAUUAUUUUUGCUCAAUCAGAAUUCAUUCUUUCUUUGACGUUUCUAGUCUUUUUUACUGAUUUCU